CCAAGGGAUUAAAGUAGGGGAAAAAUAUUAAUCUCGGCCCUGGCCAGCAUUUGGACGUUGAGCGCUAAGCCGGGACGAUAGGGGAAUGAAUAGAACGAGUACGAAGAGAAGGAUAGGGGCCCUCGGUCGAAACUCAACCAAGUGAAAGUCCCUCUUAAGUUGCCGAAACAACAACAUACAUCCUCCACACAAUUUAGUCGUCACUGAUUUGAUACUUGUUCCUCAUCGCAAUAAUGGACGCCCUAAACGAAAUUCCCUACGAGCUCCUAUCCAUUAUUAAUUCAUAUGCAGCGGACUGGGUUGGAUUUGAAAGCCUUUUGGAAGUCUCUCCACAGUUAAAGGAGCUUUUCAAUGGUGACUCAGACACCAAGGCGGAUCUUGAAGCCGUACGCCUGGUGGAAACGAUCCUUCAGCAGAACCCAGUUAUGCGCUAUGAGUUGCAUUCCCUGUUUCGGAUGGUUCUAAAACUUCGCCAGCCUUCCUUAGUAAAAGUUACUCUUGCUGAAUUCAUGGCUCAGGAUCAUUCUUCGUCGUUGAUGGUCUCCUUUCCUUCGAUCUCCCGAGCCAUGCUCAAGGAGCUGGUGAGCAUUGCGGCCAAUAUCCAAAGGCUUGCAUGUGCCUGUUUGACCACAUUUCUUCAUCGUGUUCGAAAGGUCCAGCCACGAUGCUGGGAUAAGGUUAAAGAAGAAGGCACUGAACCAUAUCAGCCGCGUGAGGCUGGCCCUUCAUCAUGGAUCGAGGAGUACCGAGUCUAUCGUGCGCUUUGGCAUCUGCAACUCUAUUCCGAUCUCUCUAUAGCUGGCCAGCGAUUGGACUGGCCUCAAUGUGAUCUCGAGGACUGGUGGUUUGGACAGAUGAAAUGGGAUCAAGUACCCGUUGUGCUUGGAGAAGAAGUCCGUACGAUUUCGGAAUGCCUAGAGAUUUUGGUUAGAUUUCGUCCUGUCGUCCGCUCUACAAAGGCUAUGGCGACGAAGCGUUACAACGAGAAGCACGUCUUCGACGUACGACUCAUAUCUCAGCUGCCGAAUGCACGGCAACUGCGGCAUGAAUUCGAUAUCUGGGGCCCUCCAUCUCCCCCAAAAAUCGCCGACGCUGAGGAUGGUUUCCCCAUGGACAUUUGGGGCCAGGGGAUUACAUCGAUCCACAGUAACCGCAUGGCCAGUAUCUUCCGAGUCUGCCAGCUUCGGACCAGUACCCAUCCCGCUAGGCAUCAAGUCUGCCAAAUUCAGGACUCCUGUCCUUGGCGGGGACUAGGUAUGACAAUCUGGGACCUCUGGCGUUGUUACUGUUUGGGACUAUACUCAGCUAGAUUUCCCCGUGGGAGGCACCCUGGUCCUAUUCCAGCCCCUGACGGAACAGCAGUUUUUGGGGGCUAUUCUCCUGUUGACUGUGGUUUCGAAAUCGAUUAUCGGAUUUCUGUUUUUAUCCAUGCGCGGAUGCAGAUGGAGGAUCAGGACUGAAAGGGUUUUUGUAUCAGGUUAAAGGACUACAUUAGUGGGUUAACUUUCAUAUUCUACUUUGUGAACCUCAAAGGCGCCCAUCUAUAUCUGUCUGCCGUUCUACUGUCUAGCUAGCCGUGUGUACAAUCAGGUACUGAAUUGGAACAUCAUGUGGUACCA